AUGGUUGAUAGCGUCUCUGUUUCUACUCCAUUUAAUGAGGAAAAUAAACUUAAGGAAUCAUUAUCAAUCGGAGAUGAUUCCGUUCCAACUGAUUUGACUGUUUCAGUGAGUGCACCAAGUCAAGAUCAUGAAAUUAGUGAAAUAUCGUCAAUCGUGGAAAGUGAGAAACGGUCUCAACAGGAAAAACACCAUCAGGAUAUUGUGAAACGUUUGCGCAGUGAACUUCAGCUAACAAAGCUAUCGGUGUCGAAAAAAAAUGUGGAAACAGAAAAAAUUUUGGCCGACAAAAAACAGGAAAUUGAGUUAUUAAAACAGCACGCUCACCUAUAUAGUAGGGAAAAUGAGAACCUUAAAAAGGAGAAUAAUUCCCUAUCACAAAAUAUCGUAGAUUUACAGACCAAAAAUUUAAGACUGCUGUCUGAAAAUCAAAUACUCGAAGAGACUGCGGGUAAGACUAAGGAAACCAUAACCGGAUUGGAAAAGCGAUUAACAGAACUAACUGUUAAACAUCAGCGGACCCUAAAAUAUAUAGAAAGUGGCGAGUUCACUUUCGAGGAAUUUAACCGCUUGAAGGCCAGUGAAAACUCACUUAUCUUCAAGUGCGAGACGCUUGGUCGAGAAAAUGCAUCAUUACGUAAAACUGCGGAGAAGUGGAAGAAAAAAUUUACUAAACUACGGCACCAAUACGAGAACCGGUUACAAGAUGAAGUAGCAAAACUCAGGCAAUCAUUACAAAAACAAAUUCAGAUGUUGCGAUCUUCAGGAGCAGAAACUUUAAAUUCUAAGAUGCUAGAAAAUGAGCAACGCCGAGUCACAGCUGAAAAAGAGGCGAAUUAUUGGAGGAAUCUGUGCGAGAAGCUGAAAUCUAAAGUGCGAGGGUUAGAAGUGAAUGAAGAGAAAAAGCGCUUCCAACUUGAAGAGAUGGAGACUAAAAAGAAUGAGCUUGUUCAACGUUUAAGUUUCAUAGCGUCCUCUAAAUCAAAAUUGGAAAAAGAACUGAGCGAAACUAAACAAACAUCUCAAGCCAGUUUAGAAAAUUUCAAACAGGAUAUUGCAGAGCACGAGAGGCGGGCACAGCAGUACCAACUACGCAUUGAGAACCAGACGAAAAGUCUUAACGAAUACGAAGAAGCUUUUCUUGCCGUUUACGGCAUAGAUGACGAAUCCAACCGCUGGCCGACAUUAUUAAAAAUACAGUCCCAUCACACUUCUCGAGUUUCGAAACGAGUAACCCAACUUGAAACAGAGAAUAGCAUUCUCCAGAAACAACAAAAUCGUUUAACAAACAAAAUUUAUCAACUAGAAUCUGAGUUGGAGUCCAAGGAAAAAAUGAUAUCGCAAGUUCAAGGACGGGCUCCUGAGACUGUUGGACUUUUUCGGGACAAAGACACUCUGCUGCGCGAAUUACGCUCACAAAUAAACCGCAAAGAUUUACAGUUGUUAGAGUACGCACGUCAGGUAGAGCGCUUGAAGAGAACGAGAAAUCAACUUGUGACUGAUCUAGAAGAUGUUCUUCGUGAUCGUACUGCCUUGGAGGAUGUUAAAAACAUGUUAAAACAAAAGGAGAACACUAACAACUGAAAGGAUGAGCUUGUUAAACAAAAUUAGUAAUCUGAUAUUGCAUAACUCUUUUAUUGGUGGACUGGUUUAACUCACGGCGAGGUGGCAUUGAAUUCAACUGGAGCCAUGUUCCUUAAUACGUAAUGGUUGAAUGCUCAGCACAUUCCGACAGCAGCCGGAACUACGAGUAUUUGAGUUUUAAGUAAUACAUCAAAUCCUUUAUGUAAGGUGCAAACUCGAGGCCAUUGUAAGUCGAGAAGAAUUUCUGAAAAUUUAAGGCCAAGAUCGUUACAGCUACUUCCUAUCACACAGACGAUCUUGCCACGAGCUCUGUCCAAUUGCUCCAAUUGUUCGCACGGUAUGAGAGUUCCGUCUGUUGUCCAACAGGUUUGAUACGGGAGAUUUAUACUACCGGGCACGGCACCAUUCUGGAAUCUGCAAAUUUAAGAUUUUACGUCAAAUUAUAUUUAAGCUCGUAAACCAUUCAAAUUUACUUGUUGGCAUUCCGGACAUCGACAACUACCAUUUUUGGACGAGCAAAUCUUUUGUGAUUCAAAUCCAAUAGUUCAAUGAAAUCUUCAGCGCUGAUACGAGGACAGCGUUCCGAUUUUAAAGUGGCUACUGGAAUAGAAUCCAUUGCCUAUAGAAUCAGCGUAAUAAUAUUUAAUUAGUGUUCAUAUUAAAUUGAAUUAAUGAAGGCGAAACUCACGAGAGAGCUCGUGUCAAUCUCUUCAUCAUCAUCCAUACAGUUAGAUCCAAUUAGACUGAAAUCCCAGAAAGAUCUGUUGCCUUUUGGACUGACUGAGGGUGGUUCGUGUUGUCGGAAAGUAACGCUUUGAGGCGUGCUACAGAAUAUUUCUAUAGAAUCUUUCAAACAUCGUUCAAUGUCAAUUUCAGGCAUGUCCGAGAAAAGGAGAAUACAUUCGUUGAAUCCUGAUUCUAAUAAAGACUCUCGGAGUUGCUGUAACACAGCCAGGCCUAUGCAAAGAGGGAACGAGGAAUUCCCUAGCAACAACUUGUC